CGUAAAAGAAUAAAAAGAACACCUUUUAAAUCUUUUUUAAGUUCAUACUAAGUAAGGAAGUACCUACUUAUUUUCUGUCAAUAUAUUUUUAUUUUCUUGCACAUUUCCUGGGAGCUGGCAACAUUUUAGCUGUCUUCAUUUCAGCAAGAUGUGGGUCCCAAGCCUCCCGGUGACCAUGAUCAGCGCUGUGGCGGCCGGCGCAGGCGCAGUCUGCUUAUUCAAAGACAUGUACGGAGGCGUCCCAUUCGAUAGAAAUGUGAAGGCGGAAAACAAAACUGUGAUCAUCACUGGAGCCAACGACGGCAUCGGAAGGCAGGCGGCCUGGGACUUCGCCAGGAGGGGCGCUAAAGUGUUCAUGGCCUGUCGAGACAUGGACAAGUGUGAGGCGGCGCGGCGCGACAUCGUGCUGGAGACUGACAACAAGUUCGUGUACUGCCGUCCCUGCGACCUGGCCUCGCUGGACUCCAUCAGGCAAUUCGUACAGAGGUUCAAAUCCGAGGAGCCAUAUGUCCACGUGUUGGUGAACAACGCGGCCGUCAUGGAGCCCCCGGCCGCCAUCACCAGAGACGGCUUCGAGGCGCACCUGGGCAUCAACCACUUGGGACACUUCCUGCUCACCAACCUACUGCUGGAUACUCUGAAAGCGUCAGCGCCGAGCCGCGUGAUAAUGGUGACUUGCAGCGCGCACAAGAGCGGGAAACUGCACAAGGAGAACCUCAACCUCACAGGCGAGCACGCUGGCCCUGCCGCCUACUCGCAGAGCAAGCUCGCCAACGUGCUGUUUGCUAGAGAACUCGGCAGAAGACUUUUAAAUACGGGCGUAAGCGUGUUGGCCGUGGACCCCAGCCUCACGGAUACGGAUCUGACGCGGCACCUGCCCAUGUCCAAGAGUGUCACUCGCUUCAUCAUCUACCCCCUGUUCUGGCCGGUCAUGAAGAGCCCCAAGAUUGGAGCCCAGGUCAUAAUACAUGCCGCCCUGGAUGCUAAGUUGGACGGCUGCGCGGGAGACUAUUUCGUUGAUAUGAAGAAAGCGGAACCAUCUAUCGAGGCCCAGGACUUUGAACUGGCGCAGUGGCUGUGGCGGGUCAGCGAGAAAUGGACGAGGCUGGAACAGCACAGGGCGGAAUUAAAGGAAACUGCGUAGAAUUACAGAUACUAUUACCACUUUAAAAGUCUAUUCUAAUAUUUAAUGUCCGAAAUGUAUUUCGUUAAGAUGUAAAAAAAAAUAUCGUGAACAACAUUUUUUAUGAAAGCUUAAGAUCCAUUGCCGUCACGAUCAUGGAUCACGGAUCCAUAGAUAAUGUUUGCAACGGAUGGUUUCGGCUAUCGAAACACGUCAAAAUACAUACAUGAACAUUGAAAGGCGAUAUGUCUCAUUUACUCUCUCUUUCUACCACACUAGUUUACCUCAUGGGUAGAGUGAAUAUAUAGACAAUUUUUGCCUUUCAACGUUUGUGAAUGUGCUGUGAUGUGUGGGAAUACCCACAUGGAUGAUGGCUUAAGAAGCAAAGUGCUGUGUGAGACGCAUAACUUGGACGCAGUUAACUUCAAUGUAACGGGUAUUUGAGGUUUUUGUGAAGUGCGCAUUUAUUUUUAAAUAAUUUUAGUCAGUUAGCUGUUAAUAAAUUAGUUAUUACCAAA